AUGGACUUUGAAAAUGUAUUGUUCAGACUGAAGCCUAUUCUUGACAGUGGCUCGUCCAGCCAGAUUGCUAAGGAUCAGGACCUUUGCAAUCGGUGCGUAGCUGUGUUAGACGAGCUAGCUGUACAGCUGCGAUCGCCCACUAAUAGAGAUUUUAUUAGGGAGUCGGGGGUGUUAAGCAAGCUGCUGAAGCUUUUUAACGAUGGUCUACGGGAACUUUCGGGGGACAAAUCUCCAACUGUCAAUUGGCUCAUAUUUAGUGCCGAAUUGACGCGCUGCAUCGCAAACUGUGUUGCAGACAAUGACGAUAACAGAGCUGAAUUCUGCACUUUAGCCUUGGAAAGUGCCGAGGCCUUCGAGGCGAACUUUCCCAAAAUCUUCGAGCUUACAGACACUGCAACCGAGCAUGUUUUGGACUUGCAAUUCAAAUCCCUGGCGCUCGUGAAAAAUCUCUGCCUGAACAACGAAGUUUAUACCCGCGAGUGUUCUCACAUUCUCACAAUACCAUUGGUAAAUCUCCUACACUCGAGAAACCUGACGGAAUUUGAUGAGCAUGCGCUGGAUAUAGUUGUAAUGACCACUGACCUGCUGUCAGAAUUUGUCAAGUUCUCUUCAAAUUCCAUCGCAUUGAAAGAGCUUCUUAUCAUGGCAAGGCUCAUGGCUCUUAUAUCGCCAAAAAUCGCAGAGCAGCCAACAGAAGAUCAAAUCACGAACGGAGACGCGAAUUGCGAAGAGUCUAGUGAGGAUACUGAAGACGCAGACCCCUUUUUGGAGCUGCAUCAAUGUCUUGCACUAUGCAUCGAAUGCGUUGUUUCCAAAAACGAGGCACUUGACUUGUCCUUAAGUGACUCGACCCAUAAGCUGCAGCAGCUGCUCCUUCAGUCAUUGUCGUUAGCUGAACUUAAAAACACCUUUGAAAACAAACUAAUUAUGAUGAGGCGGCUAUUGUUCAUUAUUGGCAUGGUUUCUGCAAAUGUUACGAAUACUAAUGUCCAGGACCGAGCUAUGUGCUACGCCACUUUACUACAGCCUAACGGUGUUUACAACAAAGCUGCUGCGCUCAUAGUGCUCUCCAACUCAAUAUCAUCACGGGAGACAGCUGACCAAGUGUCCUCAAACAUCGGCCUUGGACAAAUCGUUCAAGCUUGCAGCGCAUUUAAGGAUCCCAUGCAGUUCCAGGGACUUCUGGACAUCUUAAAGAAGCUCCUCAACCUCGCAAAUGUGUACGAUUUGACCGACGAAGAUCUUAAACUGCUUUUUGCAGAGCUAAGAAUAUGUCAUGAGCAGUGUCAGGUAUACCAAGAUGUCUCUCCGCUACUCGAUGCACUACUGGGCAAGUUUGCGGCUGUUUGUCCUGGCUCGCUACUGCUGAAACAAAUCUCCGAUCCAAACUUCAAAACGCUCAUCAUCCAGCGUGGCGGAAUUCCUGCAUGUUUACUAAUUGACAAGUUUGUCGUCGGCGACCGAAAUCUAGCCAACGGCUUACUGGCGGAUUUGUGGGCCUCCGCAUUCCGGUUUCAAGAGCUCUCCAAAAUCUCAACUCCACACUUGUUUCAGCUUUUAAAGUCACUCGGAAUUUAUUUCCGUUCUGUUGGUGACAACGACGCAAAUAUUGUUUUCAAACAACAUUCUUCCCAACUUGUUACUUUGUUAGAGGCCAUAGUCCCUAUGAGUACAAACACGGAUUCAGCAAGUAAAAGCAUAUUCAAUAACGCAAGAUUUGUGGCGGGGAUGAUACUGAACCUGCUGAAUGGCAAAGAACUGACUAGUAACGAAUUUCAGUUGCGAAACCUUGCCAAACAAUUGUUGGCGCCAAUCGAGUCGUAA